GAUGCUGAUGACGGAUCUUUACUGAGAGGAUGCUGUCGACCAGGCGUACAGAUGCCUUCAGUUUGAUAAACAUGCUGAUGUGCGCAGUUUUUCUCCUGCUUAAAGGCUAAUUGGAAAAAGUGGGUGUUACUAAAGGUAAUGUGAGCGGCGGUCCCUCUGCAUGGAACAGCCCGGGCAUUAAUGCAGGACUCCUCAGCGCUGUUCGGGAUGGUCAGCCACUGUCAGACCCCGGCUUUCGCAGACUUUAGCGGCUUGACGCUGUCCGUGUACGGCAGCAAGGCGGACCUCUGUGCGCGGAGACCCGGCAGCGGUGGGUUUGGGACUCAGAUUUGCCGGAACCCUCAUGACACCGCGGCUCACAUGAACUGCGCCAGCCCGAAGCGACUCAGCGCGUCCGAGGAAAAAGCGCAGCAGGCAGCCAAAGCCCCCCGCUCCUGCUUUUCUCUGUCACCGCUGCAAGUCAACGGUGUGUACUGCUCAGAGAAGGACGUUGACGGUGCAUUGGGCGACACUGACGGCAUUUUAAUGCGAUGUGGGCAGAGCUUGUCGCUGCCAGUCGGGGGUCAUUCAGGGGGGCUUUACCCCCAGAGUCUUCACUGUGACAGACCCUCGCCCAGCCUCCUCCUGCAGGAUAGCCCCCACCAGGACACUAGAUCCUCCUCUGCCUUCCAGAGGCCUUUGCCGGGGGCCACACCCAGCCUGGGCUGCUGCAGCGCCAACGGGGUCCACUCCUCCCUCCCUUACCAAAUCAAACAGGAGGGUUCGGCGGCCUACAAAAUCUCCAGCGUGGGGAUUGGGGUCCAGAACACGUCUCAGUCUGGAUAUCAGAACUCAAGAGAAGGCGUAGGUUUAGGGGUUCCCAGGGACAAGAUGGUCGGAGCCCCACAGGUUAGCAACAGUGGUAGCAGCGUAUGUACAGUAAGCGGCAUCGGUAAUCCUGUGUCAGCGGAUGCAGCGCAGCCAUUUAAUAAUGAAGAUGGCUCCUCCCCGCUGGCUUUGUCCCCAUCGGGCUCCCGUCAUUCAGCGCGGCUGCUCAGCGCUAGCAGUCUGAAGAGACACUGCCUGUCCCUGGCCUCUCAGUCCAACCCCACUUCUGGCACCAGCAACGCUACUGUCACAGGGUCUCCGUCAGCCACAGGUGCCACCUCACAGGAAAUCAAUAUCACCGCCAUCAUCUGCUCCUCCUCCCAAAUGUCGAUGGUCACCUGCGUCAACGGGUUCAGGACCAACCUCUCGCCCAGCCACAACGGCAGCGCCGGCUUCUCCUCCUCCUCUUCCUCCUCCUCUUCUACAUCCCCACCCUCUACCUCCUGCUCACAGGAAGCCCCCCAUAAGCCCCCACCGCACAGAAGCCCCCAGCAGCUGCAGGAGAGCUGUCAGCUAUCCUCACCUGCCACCUGCCUGCUGUCCCUUUCCUCCUCCUCAUCCUCCUCGUCGGUGUCGUCUGUGGAGCCGGAGCAGAGCCAGGGGCUGUGUGACGAGCAAGGCUCCAUGCAGCUGGGGCGUGGGGGGGCUGUUGGGGGAGGAGGAGGGGGAGGAGGAGGAGGGGGUUCGGAUGGUUUGGGACUGCUGAUGAGUGGGGUCCUGAUGUCUGGAACGCUACAUUCGGGGCCUGAACCUGGGGCACUGCUGGAAGGGGGCCAAAGACCUGGGGCUGCCCUAAAGCAGGAGCCCCUGGAUGAGUUCUCACCCAGCGAAGAUGAACUCUUUCAGCACCACUAUCAUCAUCACCAUAUGAGUGGUCGCAACGGGCACCUUCAUCACCCCCACCACCCCCCUCGACCUGCCAUGCCUCCGCCCUACCACCUACAUCAGUAUGUGGGGCCGAGCUCAGGGGGCCUGCUACACCACCAGAGCCAGCAGACUGCACCGGCCUCGUCCCUGGGACUCAAACAGUCCUCUGGAGGUCCUCCUGGAUCCCACGCUGCCCCAGACCGCGAAGAAUUAGGAGCAGGAUCGCUCUGCGAUAAGCAGGUGUGUCGCUGGAUUGACUGCAGCGCUGCAUACGAGCAGCAGGAGGAGCUAGUGAGGCACAUCGAGAAGGUUCACAUUGAUCAGAGGAAAGGUGAGGACUUCACCUGUUUCUGGGCCGGCUGCAUUCGCCGCUACAAACCGUUUAACGCCCGCUACAAGCUGCUCAUACACAUGAGGGUCCACUCCGGAGAGAAACCCAACAAGUGUAUGUUCGAGGGCUGUAACAAAGCGUUUUCCCGUCUGGAGAAUCUGAAGAUCCACCUGAGGAGCCACACAGGAGAGAAGCCAUACCUGUGCCAGCACCCCGGAUGCCAGAAAGCUUUCAGCAACUCCAGCGACCGCGCCAAGCAUCAGCGCACUCACCUGGACACGAAACCCUAUGCAUGCCAGAUUCCCGGCUGCACCAAGCGCUACACAGAUCCCAGCUCCCUACGCAAGCAUGUGAAGAUCCACUCAGCCAAAGAGCAACAGGUGCGUAGAAAGCUUCGGCCUUGCCCUCACCUGGAGCAGGACGUCCUAAGUGACUGCCUGUCCAUGCAGCACCUCCAGAGCUCCACGCCCUCACAGCACCUCUACAACGGAAAAGAUGGACGCUCCCCUGGUCUGGGCCAAGACAUCUUCACAGGCCUGUACGCUGGCUCCAGCACCCCCCAUCACAGCGCCUCUGUGGAGCUGCUCUCCCCCAACGCUAACCCCACCUCUGCCGCUGAGCUGCCUUCCAGACAGCACAGACUGGAACGGGACCUCGGCAGCCCUCAUCACCUGUCACCUUUGGCUGCGAUGGAUGGGACGAGAGACGGGGUGUCGGGUCCCCUCCUGUCCCCGGGGAUGAAGGGAACAGGGACGCCUCCUUCUCCUCUGGAGAAACAGAAUGUCCACUCACACCACAAGCCCUACUCCCACUAUCACCACCACCAGACCGCCAAUGACGAAUAUCAAGGCAGCUUUCAGAGCUGCUUCCAUUUCGGAGACUCCUACAGGAUGGAGCAGGCGGUCAGUGGCGUCCAUGUCCCAGGAGAGUCUCACACCUACACUUCCCAUCAGCACAACGGCUUCCACAUGUCCACCAGCAACACUGGCUCUGCAGGUUUCAGCCUGAGCCAGGAGCUACCAGGGGGAGCAGGGUGCCAGUUCUCAUCAAGUCCAGAGGAGAGCAUUUUCUUCCAGGUGGGCAGCUUCGACCGCAGCCUGAGCCACAUCUCCUCCGUCUACACAGAGACAUAGAGCAACACUGGAGCAGGACACGCUUCAACGGCACCUCCUCAGUCCUCUGCAGUCCACCUCACCUCCAAAUGCAUCUACAGUCACCUCUGUCUCAGCCUCUGUUUACUACUGUUGUAGAUGGGACACACUGAGUCAGACUCAACAGCCUGUUCUGACCCAGUUCAAGUGUCAGAUACAUGGAACCAGUACGAUAAAGCAGUCACAGUUUGGUCAGAUUAGGAACCUGCAGUGUGACCGACCCCUUACCCUGACCUCUGAUUGGCUGACUGGGGUUUCCCUUUAGUUUACAUUCUUUGGACUUAAAGUAUUGCAAUAUUGAAAAAUCCAGUUCAAAGAAACAUGAAACUAAUCUGUUCAGUGAUUCCAACUCCAAUUAUGCAAAUAAUAGGGAACCCCAUCUUUUAAAAGGCUUUUCCCCCCAAAAAAACACUGUUUUGUCUUGGCCUGUCUGGUAUAGAUAUGUUUUUCUGUUUGUUCUGCUCAACUUCUGCAUUAAAUCUGAAUAACACCUGUUGAAUACCACCAUCCACCAAGAGCAGUGGUUCAACACAACUUUGGCCUGAUUUUUUGACAUUUGACAUUUUAUGAGUCAGAUUUAUCCCUUUAUUUUUCUAAACAAAAAAGCCAAAUUGGAGGAAACUUGGAAAAACAUAACAUAAAUGGCUGAAGAAUAAGUAUUUUCUGUGGUGCUGAUCAUCAUCCACUGCACCCAUUAGGAUAAAUAUUAAUUUGGGUUUCAUCCAACUCUUACGUAUUUGCAAAGAUAGGAGAUGAACAUGAAACAAAUCAUAGUGGACAAAAAUUCAUGACAUCUUAAAUCUUAACCCUAUACUUCUUUCUUUGUAGAGUCUCAUUUAUUGGCCAUGUUGAGUUCAUUGAAUCGCUUUGGUUAAACUGACACUAACACACACUUACAUUCACUCAGACUGAGCUUUUACAUGUAUCAUCCUCCAUGUUCAUACACAAACUUUGUACAAACUCUAAAAUAUGUCACAAUGCCUCGUCUUGUGUUUUUUUGUUUUUUCUCAAAUCUACAUAUUUCAUUCUUUUAGACUGAAGUGUAGAGAAGAAUAUAUCAUUUUUGCCGUGUUGUUUUAGCAGUGGAAAAAAUGUUUGAAUUUCUGUAUUUUGCUUGUGUUUUUUUUUUUUUUUUCUGUUUUUUGGAUUUAUUUUUCUUGGAGGAGGAUAUGGGCUCAUUAUUUCUGCACUUACUGCAGAGAAACUGACCUACUUUAUUAUUAUGUGUAUAAAAUGUACAGUUUGUUUACAACCAUCCAUGGAAUGUUUCUCAUUUCUCAAUUUAAGAAAUAAAUAAUUGACUCAUCCUGC